AUGCCUACUCUUGUCGGGAAAGAAGUCGGUGUCACCGGAUAUGGCACUAUGAGAAUUACCUGGAACCCCACCCCACCGACAGAAGAAGUUGCUUUUGAAUCUCUCAACAAGACCCUGGAGCUUGGCGCCAACUUCUGGAACGGCGGUGAGCUUUAUGGAACCCCCGAGCACAACUCUCUGCACUUGAUGAACAAGUACUUUACCAAGUACCCAGAAAAUGCCGACAAGGUCGUCCUCAGUAUCAAGGGUGGCUUGAAGGCUGGCGCCCUGAUUCCAGAUGGUUCUGAGGAGAACAUUCGUCGCAGUGUAGAUGAAUGUAUCAGGGUACUGGAUGGCAAGAAGAAGGUUGAUAUCUUCGAGUGCGCACGUCAGGACCCUAACUUCACUAUUGAGCACACCGUUGAGGUCCUUGCCCAGUGUGUUAAGGAGGGCAAGAUUGGGGGAAUUGGAUUGAGCGAAGUGAACGCCGAGACUAUCCGACGCGCAGCUAAGGUACACCCUAUCGCAGCUGUUGAAGUCGAGGUAUCCUUGUGGUCCACCGACAUCUUCGAAAACGGCAUCGCCGAGACCUGCGCUGAACUCAACAUCCCCAUCGUGGCCUACUCGCCACUGGGUCGGGGUUUCCUGACUGGAACCCUGACCUCGCGAUCGGAUAUCCCGCAGGGUGAUUUCCGCUUGUUGGUUCCGCGAUUCUCAGAAGAGAAUUUUGGGCAAAAUAUGAAGCUCAUCAACGAGGUCAAGAGCCUAGCGUCUCGCAAGGGUCUUGCCCCUGCUCAGGUGGCUUUGGGAUGGCUUCUAAGCUUGAGCAACAAGCCUAACAUGCCCACCAUUAUCCCCAUCCCAGGAGGUACUACUGUCGACAAGGUUACACAAAACUUGGUUGGAGUCAAGUUGCUUUCUGAUGAAGAGCUAGCAGAGGUCGAUGCUGUCCUUAAGGAGAACGCUGUUGCUGGAGGACGGUACUAG